CAAAAAAAAAAAAAAUCUUGGAAACCAUAAGGCGGCUACGGGCUGUUCUAAUAUGCGUAUAUAUAUAUAGUCUCAUAAGAAAAGUAUGAUAAAAUUCAAAACCCCGUAACCCGCGAGUCGUCAUUUCUUCUUCUUCAAGCUUUUUUAUCAUCGCAGAUAUGGUGGCACCAUUCAUGGCAGGCAUCGCAGUAGCUGCUGCUGCUUAUGCUGGUAAAUACAGCAUCCAGGCUUUUCAAGCAUUCAAGGCAAGACCACCCAAAGCUAGUUUACGCAGAUUUUAUGAUGGUGGCUUUCAUCCUGUCAUGACAAGAAGAGAAGCAUCUCUAAUACUUGGAAUCAGGGAAAGUACUCCUGUGGAUAAGGUUAAGGAAGCACAUCGGAGAGUGAUGGUUGCAAACCAUCCAGAUGCAGGUGGUAGCCAUUACCUUGCUUCUAAAAUAAAUGAGGCAAAAGAUCUUUUGCUUGGAAAAUCAAAGGUCGGUGGGUCUGCAUUCUGAUGCUAUCAGUUUGUUGAAUAGCUGGAUCAUGCAAUUGGUUAGCAGUCUAAUUGGAGCAGCUGCAUUAUUGUAAGCUCACGCUGAUUCAUGAAAGUUACUGUUAUUUCUAAUUAGAAAAUUUUAGGGUCUUUAUUCGGUAUAUUCUUUUAGGAUCUAACACAAAAUGAAUGAUAACUCAACUCUACAAGUUAUAUUUUUUACUAUCUUUUUAUAUGACUGUUGAGUUAGUAUUAUCUGGAAUAUUCAGUUGAAGAAUCAAGAUAACCUUUUGCCUUA